AUGAAACUCAAGGCUGAAUACGACAAAGAAGUUUCCAUCACAACUAUCAUCAACUGUUUAGAUGGGAAACCGAUUACAAUCAAAAAGAUUCAUCAAAUACCAGAAAUGAUGAACGUACUGGAUAAUAAAGAGAAGAGGAAAAGGAACGAAGUAUGUAAACAUGCCAGCGAAAUAGGUUUCCUCGCCAGUAAUUUGAAAAUCCUACUGGAUUUAUGCAUCCGCGACUUGCAGUUUGUUUUCAAUGGAAAUAUCUAUAAACAGGUUGAUGGUGUAGCUAUGGGUAACCCUUUGGGGCCAUUUCUUGCUGAUAUCUUCCUGUCAGCACUAGAAAACAAACAGGAAGGUGAUUUGAAUUUAACCCUACUUUAUCGGCGUCUCAGUUCUAACGUUCGAUCUCUUAUCGGAAACAUGGCCGAUCUCAUCAGCUUAAUCAAGCAGCGGGAAUAUGCCCAACUACGUGUGAUCAUGCUACAAGAAAGUUGGCUCCACAAUGAAAUUGAGGAUGAGAUAAUACACCUGGAUGGAUUCGCUAGCUAUCGCGUCGAUCGUCUUGUUCCUUAUUCCCGACGGGGANGUAUGUCAAAAAUCAGUGGUGCCAUCUGA